AUGGGCAAGGUACGUAACUUCCCCGUCUGGCCGACAUCUUCAACCUGCAACAUGUGAUGUCCGGGCAUUGUGAACAAUCAACUGACUUCCUCACAGGUCAAGUACAUUCUCCUCGACUGCGACAACACCCUCUGCCAGUCCGAGCGUCUGGCCUUCGAGGCGUGUGCCGACCUGACCAACGAGGUCCUGGAGAAGUACAACAUCGACGCCCGCUACACCACGGACUCCCUCCUCGAAGACUUCGUCGGCCACAACUUCCGCAACAUGCUCAUCGGACUGCAGAAGAAGCACAACUUCUCCAUGUCCAAGGAAGAGGUCGACAAGUACGUGGACAUGGAGCUCGGCCGCGUCACUGCCAAGCUGAGCGAGAAGUGCGUCGAGUGCCCCGGCGUCACCAAGCAGCUCGAGUGGGCCAAGGCUCAGGGCUACCCAAUGUCCGUCGUCUCGACCUCCGCCAAGCCGCGUGUCGUCGCCUCCCUCCAGAAGACCGGCCUCAUGCGCUUCUUCGAGGACAAGCACGUCUACUCGGCUGCCACCUCUCUUAAUCCACCAUCCAGCAAGCCCGACCCGGCCGUCUACAUCCACGCCUGCAAGGAGCUCGGCGUCAAGCCCGAGGAGUGCUUGACCGUCGAGGACUCCAAGUCGGGCGCCACGGCCGGCAUGCGCGCUGGCAUUCCACUCAUCGCCUACGUCGGCAUCUACGGACUCGAGGAGGGCAAGGAGAAGGAGGAGAAGAUGGCCAAGCUCCUCACCUCGGAGUGCAAGGCCAACGCGGUGAUGUACAACUGGGACGAGUUCCCAGAGUGCGUCAAGAAGAUUGAGGAGUCCAUGUAG